CGCCUUCCCCCUCUCGGCUCGAGCGAGAGAGAGACAGUUUAAACCCAAACCCUAGCUCAAAACCCUAGUUCACGGCGGCGGCGGUGGCCAUGGACGGCGGGGGAGGCGGCGGCGGGGUAGGGGGAGGCGUCAUGGCGGGGCCCGGAGGGGUCGGGGUUGGCGGCGGUGGGGUUGGGGUUGGGGGUGGAGGAGGGGGAGACGUGGAGCUCGUCAGCAAGACGCUGCAGUUCGAGCACAAGCUGUUCUACUUCGAUCUGAAGGAGAACCCGCGGGGGAGGUACCUCAAGAUCUCCGAGAAGACGUCGGCCACGCGCUCCACCAUCAUCGUCCCCGUCGCGGGGGUCGCCUGGUUCCUCGACCUCUUCGACUACUACAUCCGCACCGACGAGCGCGACGCCUUCAGCAAGGAGCUCCGCCUCGACACCAAGGUGUUCUAUUUCGAUAUUGGGGAGAACAAGAGAGGCCGCUUCCUCAAGGUUUCAGAGGCAUCUGUCAAUAGAAACCGAAGUACGAUAAUUGUUCCAGCUGGUAGUUCUGGUGAAGAAGGUUGGGAAGCAUUCAGGAAUGUAUUGUUGGAAAUAAAUAAUGAGGCUUCCCGACUUUAUGUUCUACCAAACCAUCCUAAUCAGCAACACUUGGAACCUCCAGAGCGCCUUCCUGGACUUUCGGAUGAUGUCGGUGCUGGGUUUAUAGCUGGACAUGGAAGCCAAUCUGCUUCUGGACCAGAGGUAGAUGUUGAACGCCUGGUUGAUCUGCCUCCUCAGGAAGAAAUUAGUGGCAUGGGCAUGUCUAAGGUCAUAAGGGCAGAUCAAAAGAGGUUCUUCUUUGACCUGGGCAGUAACAACAGGGGUCAUUACUUGAGAAUUUCUGAGGUGGCUGGAGCUGAUCGGUCGUCGAUAAUCUUGCCACUUUCUGGUUUGAAGCAAUUCCAUGAAAUGGUUGGCCACUUUGUAGAUAUAAUGAAGGACAGGCUGGAAGGGAUGACGGGCGCGAAUGUGCGCACAGUGGAGUCCAGUCAGAGAUGAUUUAGCUUGAGUGCUUAACCAUGGCCGUUACUGCUGUUAUGCCUCCUCUAGGUUUGUCAUGUGGUGUGUGGCUGUGCAGAUCACGCAGUAUUAAUUCAUCUGGUGGGGAUAAUAAUGUUAUUUCUCUUUUUUCUUUCUUUCUUUCUUUCUUUUUCUGAAUUCAGUGGUGAGGAUUGAUUUGUUUGGGACUUUUCUUGUCGAGGAAUAAUAAGCAGUAUAUUGUUCGUGGGGGUGGUAUAAGCUGGUGAUUAGCGUUGUUAGCAUG